AUGUUUAUUUAAUAAUUUCAACAAAUUAUCAAUUAAUAGUUAGAGCUAUGUAAAGUUGUUCCAAUCAUAUUAAAUCCAAAACAUAUAUUAAGAUAACUUCUUAUUGUAGAAAAUAAAUUAGAUGAUGAAUAUAUAUAUUAAAAUUAUUGUAGAAAAUAAGAAUUAAUUAUCAAAAAUUUGAAUGACGAGAAUGCUUAUGUAAUUUUGAAUAUUUGUACAUUCAUAAAAAUAUCAUUGGGUUAACACAAAGAUGUAAGUAAAGAGAAGCUUAAUGAAAUUGUUUUGGAUCAAAUAAUAACAGAUUCUAUAAAUUGUCCAUAAUUUAAAUAUCCAAGAUGGCCUGAAUAUUUAGAAUAUUUUAGUAAUCUAUGUAAAAGCCUUAUUAAUCAUUCUUAUAAGCUAAUUGAAAGUAUUGUAAUAGAUUUAACUACUAAAUCUUUUAAAUGUUAAGAAUUUCAUUAAUAUAUGACUAAUUUACUAGAAUAAACUAUGUCUGUUUUAGUAAUUGAAAUGAGUGACUUUGCAAAAGUGCCUAAUAGCAACUUCUUAUAUUGGUAAUUGAAAAAAUAUUUUAACUCAAUAAUACAAAACGUUCAUUUAUAUAUAAAUAGAACAUCUUUUGUUUUGUAAUACUUAAAUGGAAUUCUUAAAUGA